AUGGACGAGGCAACUUGCCAGCAGGUGGUGAGCGCCGUGGUGAUCGUGCCCGGCUCGGGCGACGCAAGGGAGAGGCCCUUCAAGGACGGCAGGGAGGAGCCUUACGUCGACCUGGACGGCUUCAUGCAGGCCGCCCUGGGGCUGCUUUCCGUCACGAGGCUGGCGGCCGCCGCCCGCGAGGGCUUUAGCUGCGCCAGCCACGCAGAGCUCAGGCAUCUCUUCGGCAAGCACGGCAAAAGCGCCGGCAAGCUGACGCCCGCCGAGCUGACCUUGCUUGUGCAGGAGUCCUUCAGCGACGCUGUCGACCAUGAGGGCCUGGGGCCAGCCGUGCGCCAGGCCGUGUCCCAGGCAAGCUCGGCAGAGACAGAUUGGCCAGGUUGGCUGAACUUCAACGAGUUCGUGGCGCUGGUGCGGAGGAUCCAGGACAUCGAGGACACGGACCGCGUGGACAGGGAGCGCGCCGCCAUCGAGGCCACGGGCUUCGAGCCCGCCCAGGUUGACGAGUUCCGCGAGCUCUUCAUUAAGAACGACGUGGACGGGGUGGGAGAGAUACCGGAGCGACGGGUGCAGCGGCUGCUGGCGAGCAUCGAGGCCGCGGCGAGCGUGCCGCUGGAGAGGCUGAGGGCCGCGGCGCGCCGCCGGGCGGACCGCGGGCCCUCGGACAGGAGCAGGCGCGGGAGCUGCGAGGCCCUCGACUUUCCCGAGUUCCUGUGCCUCAUGAAGGAGGUGCUGGGCCUCGCCGAGGCGGGCGCGCUGCACGCCGCGGCGCAGGACCGCAGGGGCGCCCUGCGCCCGGGCGACGGGCGCGGGCCCAGCGCGGCCUUCGGGGCCACGCUGCGGCAGCUCCUGGGGUGA